AUGUUUUGGACAUUCUUUAUUAGUUUUCUUCUCAUCAUUACAACAUCGUCAUCUCAUAUUGAUAUUAAUGAUGAAAAUAAACCAAUAAUCGAAGCAUUAAAUACGAAUGUAACAGUAACUAGUGGACAUAAAGCAAUAUUAAUAUGUACAUUCGAUAGUACAAAUAACGAUCUAUCACUUUCAUCAUCACAUCAAUUAAUAUGGAUUCGACAGAAUUAUGAAUCAAAUAAUGCUGAUUCAUUACUAGCACAUAAUCAAGAUUUAUUAAUAUCUGAUUAUCGUUUAAUUGUUCAACGUACGGAUACAUUUUAUUCAUUAACAAUAACUGAUGUUAAUAUUGAUGAUGAAGGAAUAUAUGCCUGUGAAGUCAAUACUCAACCACCACAAAAAGCAUUCGUUCAUCUAUAUGUUCAAGCACAAUUAGAAUCAAAAGCUUUGGUUCAUCCAGAAUUUUAA